AUGGUCAAGAAUAUCGUUUGGAACCCUUUUUCUGGCGAAGGCCCACCAAUCUUUAAACCCAUGAGCCACGAUGAAAAGCUUGACGAGUCAAAUAACACGCCAGAAGAGUCCCAGAACGGAUCCCUCCUCAAUGGAACAAAUUCGAGUGAGAAGCCGCAUGCCAAUCCCUGGUACAGGCAGGACUUCGGUGAUUUUCGUGUAACGGAAGCGCCUAUGUAUGAAUGUGGUCGGAAACUUCGAGUUGUGUGCACAGGUGCAGGACCCUCUGCCCUGCAGGUGGCGUACAAAUUUGGCAAGCUGUUGGAAGAUGUCGAUGUAGUCUUGUAUGAGAAGAACGAUGCUGUUGGAGGCACCUGGCUUGAGAACAAAUACCCCGGUUGCGCGUGUGAUAUUCCUUCACAUACAUAUCAAUUCAGUUGGAACCGCAAUCCAAAUUGGAGUUCCUUCUACUCCCCAGCUCCUGAGAUCUUGAAAUACUUGCAGGACACGGCCGACAAAUUUGACCUCCACCAGUUUGUCAAGCUAAGGCACCGCGUCCUUCAAGCCGACUGGAAUGACGAAUCUGGGAAGUGGGUUUUCCAGGUCCAGCAACCUGAUGGCACUAUCAUCACUGACGAGGCCGAUAUUUUCCUCAAUACGAGCGGUGCUUUGAAUGUAUGGAAGUGGCCAAAUGUGGCGGGCUUGCAUUCUUUUCAGGGAAAAUUGAUGCAUACCGCUUCUUGGGACACCACCGUGGAUUUGCGAGACAAAGUUGUGGCUGUUAUAGGUUCCGGGUCCUCAGCAAUACAAGUGGUACCGGGAGUUGCACCACAUGUAAAGCAGUUAUUGAACUUUGUUCGGUCACCAGUGUGGCUCAGCCCAGGCUUUGCAGCGACGUACGCUGGGCCAGAAGGAUCGAAUUUUAGAUACACCGAAGAACAAAAGGAAACCUUUCGGACAGAUCCGACGGCGUACGUUGACUACGUCCGAAAAAUUGAGGAAGAUCUAGGGAACAGAUUCCGACAGCUAGUGCGACCACAGCAACACGAAGACAGUGAAAUCCAGCUUACCAUUCGAGAAGCGAUGGCAGCUCGUAUGAAAACGAAGAUCGGGAAUGACGAGAUUGCGGAAUAUCUGACUCCCGACUUUGGACUGGGAUGUCGGCGGCUCUCUCCGGGCGACGAAUACAUGACCUGCCUUGCCAGAGAUAACGUCGAGAUGAUUCGUUCCGGGGUUGCCAGUGUCACCGAGAAGGGCGUGGUCGAUAGCAAAGGCAACGAGUACCCCGUGGACAUCAUCGUCUGCGCUACUGGGUUCGAUACCUCUUUUACACCUUCUUUUCCAAUCACCGGCAGGAACGGAGUCAAUCUCAAAAAGUUUUAUGGACAUUUCCCCCGAGGCUACCUAGGAAUCAUGACUCCUCACUUUCCCAACUUCUAUCAGUUUACUGGGCCAGGCGCCCCUGGCAGUCAUGGCCCGUUCUUUGCGCUCAUCGAGUGGAUGACUCGUUAUAUCAUGAAGAACCUGAAGAAGAUGCAAAAAGAGAACAUCAAAUCUCUGGAGCCGAGCGCCGACGCAACACUUGAUUAUUACAACUGGUGUCAUACCAUGUUCAAACGGCUCGUUUAUAGUCAACCAUGCGCUUCAUGGUACAAAAACGGAAACCAGAACGGACCGGUGACGGCACAAUAUCCAGGAUCACGACUACACUGGUACGAACUGCUUAGAGAGCCCCGAUAUGAGGAUUUCCGAAUCACUUACUUAUCCAACAACAAAUUCCAAUACCUGGGUAAUGGUUUCACCCGGGAUGAUCUGGACCAGACGAACCUGACUUGGUUUAUGGACGCACCUGAAAUAUAG